CUGAAAGAAUUCUCUUCUGAAGAAGGAUUGGAUUUUUCCAGGGUCCUGAUAUUCUGAAGAAAUCCGGAUUCAUCCUCUCCCUAUGAGUCCCCUCCCCAAAUGUUUAAAAGUCCCGAAUAGCUUUUGCUUCAUUUAAACUCGGAAAGGUUUCUAUGUACAGGAAAGUUGCAAGAACUAUCUGAAUCAUGGAACUGCUAGUUUUCUAAAAAAAAAAAAAAGAGUCUUAUCUAAGGAAAACAUUUCCCUGUACCACUGACCUGGUGUAAUGUAAGGAAGGACAAAAAUGAAAUGGAAACAUUUUCCUUUUCUCAUCGUAUUCAGCUUAUCCCAAAACUCUCCAUUACUGGCCCAGCUUAUUCCAGACUCUGAAGACCUAGAGAGGGGGACGGACAACGGGACACCACUCCCCACCUCUGAUAAUGAUGACAAUUCGCUGGGCUACACAGGUUCCCGUCUUCGUCAGGAGGAUUUUCCUCCUCGUAUUGUUGAACAUCCUUCCGAUCUCAUUGUUUCUAAAGGCGAACCAGCUACUUUGAAUUGUAAAGCAGAAGGCAGACCCACACCAACUAUUGAAUGGUAUAAAGGAGGAGAAAGAGUGGAAACAGACAAAGAUGACUCUCGUUCACACCGAAUGUUACUUCCAAGUGGAUCUUUAUUUUUCUUACGUAUAGUACAUGGACGCAAAAGUAGGCCUGAUGAAGGGGUCUAUAUCUGUGUAGCACGGAAUUAUCUUGGAGAAGCUGUGAGCCAUAAUGCAUCGCUGGAGGUAGCAAUACUACGAGAUGACUUCAGGCAAAACCCCUCAGAUGUAAUGGUGGCAGUAGGAGAGCCUGCAGUGAUGGAAUGCCAGCCUCCAAGAGGCCAUCCAGAACCCACUAUUUCAUGGAAAAAAGAUGGAUCACCAUUGGAUGAUAGAGAUGAAAGGAUUACU